UUUACGCUGAAAUAAACCAUCACUCAUCAAAGCCCUUCAACAGUUGUCGUCUCUGCAUCAGGGUCUGAAAUAUCCCUGGCCAGUUUCUUCAAUUUGUUGGGAAAAAUGGGGCUUGAUAGUCAGCAGGAGAAGGAUGCUAGAGACAAGGCCAUUGAUGAUUGGCUUCCGAUCACGUCCUCCCGGAACGCGAAAUGGUGGUACUCUGCAUUCCACAAUGUGACCGCCAUGGUUGGGGCUGGCGUCCUCAGUCUCCCUUACGCCAUGGCAGGGCUCGGAUGGGGUCCUGGGGUGGUUAUUCUUGUUCUGUCAUGGAUCGUCACAUUGUACACUCUAUGGCAAAUGGUUGAGAUGCAUGAAAUGGUUCCUGGAAAGCGGUUUGACAGAUACCAUGAGUUAGGACAACAUGCCUUCGGUGAAAAGCUUGGCCUCUGGAUUGUGGUGCCUCAACAGGUGAUUGUAGAAGUGGGUGUUAACAUUGCCUACAUGAUCACUGGAGGCAAAUCCUUGCGGAAGCUCCAUAACACAGUCUGUCCCGACUGCAAACCCAUCAGGACCACCUACUUCAUCAUGAUCUUUGCCUCUUGUCACUUUGUUCUCUCCCAUUUGCCCAAUUUCAACUCCAUCAGUGGUGUCUCAUUUGCUGCCGCAGCCAUGUCCUUAGCUUACUCAACUAUUGCUUGGACAGCUUCGGUUCAUAAGGGUGUCCAACCAGAUGUGCAGUAUUCGUACACAGCUUCCACCACAGCUGGAAGAGUCUUCACCUUCUUUAGCGCCUUGGGUGACGUAGCAUUUGCCUAUGCUGGUCACAACGUGGUGUUGGAGAUCCAAGCAACAAUUCCUUCCACCCCUGAGAAGCCUUCCAAGGGAUCCAUGUGGAAAGGAGUCGUUUUCGCUUAUAUUGUUGUUGCCAUCUGCUACUUCCCUGUUGCCCUGAUUGGAUACUGGAUGUUUGGGAACAGCGUUGCUGAUAAUAUCCUCAUCACACUGGAGAAGCCACGUUGGCUAAUAGCAGCAGCCAACAUGUUUGUUGUCAUCCACGUUAUUGGAAGCUACCAGAUAUAUGCAAUGCCAAUGUUUGACAUGUUGGAAACAUUGUUGGUGAAGAAACUGAAAUUCACACCAUGUUUCAGGCUUCGCCUUAUUACCCGCACUCUAUAUGUUGCUUUUACUAUGUUCAUUGGUAUGCUGAUCCCUUUCUUCGGUAGUCUCCUUGGAUUCUUGGGAGGAUUGGUUUUUGCCCCAACAACAUACUUUCUCCCUUGUAUCAUGUGGCUUGCUGUUUACAAACCCAGAAGGCUUAGUUUAUCAUGGUUUGCAAAUUGGAUGUGUAUAGGACUGGGAAUAAUAUUGAUGACUCUAGCUCCCAUUGGUGCACUAAGGCAGAUCAUCCUUCAAGCCAAGACCUUCAAGUUGUUCUCCUGAUGAUCUUCCCAUCGUAGUAAGGAUUUGGUGGUAAUGGCUCUGAAGAUUGAAAGAUCCAAGAUGGGAAUUAUGUUUACAAAGGUGUUUUCAACUAUGAUGGCUUCAUUUCAGAAAAUGCAUAUUAUGGGUUAGUCUAGGAAAAUGGGACUUGGCUGAGGAGGCAGCUGAAACAGUUGUAUCUGUUCUCAGGGUUUAAUGGUUUUCUCUUUAGUUCUUUCAUUUGCUUGGACACAUCUAUAUUACAUACAUAAUUUCAGCUCUUUGGUGAAAAAUGUUGUGAAUUUCAAUUCUCUUCAAUAUUAUCUCCCCUUAUAUGUCAA